AACCAGAGACACUUGCAAUUGGUAUUCCCAGACGAAAGCAACUUGCACUUGAAAUGAAAGUUUUCAUCACGAUCUUGUUCCUGGGCUUGUGUCUCAGUGGUAUCCAAGCGGAGGAGAAGUUGGAGAGCAUUGCCGAUCUCCUGAAGGAUAAUGCCAAGGGCGUAGAGACGGCCAAUGUACUCCUGACCAGGAUUGCAGCAGUCAGCGAGGAGACGCAGCUUGGCUUGGCCGAGCAAAAAGAGGCCCUAAAAGCUCUGAGCCUCGUGGAGGGUCUGCUGUCCAAGCUGACCCUCGCCCUGGAGGCAAGUUCCCAGAAUCUGUUGGCCACCCUCUUGAACACCUCCAAGCAGGGCGAGGAGUAUGGCAAUCGCACCGAGGCAGAGUUUCUCGAACUGGCCCGCCUGCAGGAGGGCACUAAGGAGCUGAUCAAUGUACUGGAGGCCAAAUUGGAUGCUUACCAGCGGCAUGUGCUCCAUAGUUCCCGGAACAUUGACAAGAGCAUCGACGGACUAAGCAAACUGAUCACAAGGACGGUGCUGCCACAACUUAAUGGGCUGAAGUGCACCUUCGAUAGCUUGGAAACGUCGCAGAUCAACGUGGAGGUGGAGCUGAAGAGCCUGGCCGGAGUCAAAGAACUUGGUGAGAACUCCAACUACAAGCUGGACGUGCUGGAGGAUCAACUGAAGCAGCUGAAUCGCACUCAAGAACAGCGCCUGGACAAUCUGAUCGAUGCGGUGAAGCAUUUGCAGCCCCAUAGCUCCUGGAAAGUGGAGGCAGCGCUGCGCGAACUGAUCAUCUCCCAAAAACGCAUCGAACUGGAUCUGGAUGAGUGCAGUCGACACCAGCCCGCUCCGCAAUACGGCUACCAGGAUGAGUCGUAUCUGCCCAUCUAUGGAGAGGAGGUUCCAGAGCCGCAGUAUGCCCAGCCCAAGCCCAAGCAAGUGGAUCUGGAGCAGGUGUGGAGCAUCAAGGAGCCGCCAAAGCAUGGAGAGUACUCUGGGGUCCACAGAGUGUCUGCCUAUGCCCAGUCGCCUGAACCCAAGGAGAACCAACAGAGGUCCAGUGCCGUGUCCUGGCGGCCAUUGCUGCCCUGGGAGAACGUGUCCCCGUACCAGUCUGCUCCGGUGCACCACCACCAGCCAUGGAAGCCAGCUCCCGUCUACGGUCCCACCUCCCAACCCAAGCAAAAUCCAUGCCCCAAAGAAGAACAGUCCGCUCCGGCAACCUAUGUACCUUCGUCAUCCGUUCACCAGUCUCCCAAUCCCGAUGCCUUCAAGCCACCUGUAGAAUACAAGCCGAAAUCUAACCAACAGCAAUCCCACAAACCCCAACCCAACCCCGAGCAAUCCCAAAAACCACAGUCCUACAAUCCUCAAUCAUCCUACAAACCCCAAUCUUACCAGGAGCAAACCCACAAGCCUCAAUCGUACCAGCAGCAAACCUACAAGCCAGAACCCAUCCAACCAGGAGAGUCUUACAGGAUUUGGUACGGAGAUACUUCGCUACCCCAAGGAUAUUGAAGAUAUUUGAAACUGGCGCAAAGCGUUUUCCCCAAAUCGACACAACAUUUAGAAACAAAUUUUUAUAUAUUCACAUAGAAAAUUGUAUUAUCCUUUUUAGUAAAUUUGUAUAUGAUUUAAAAAUUAAAUAACUAUGCAAAAAUA